AGAGACACAGCACUUUACACAGUCAUCUCUGCCAGACCUUGCAGGCUUGGCCAUAGCGGGUCUGUCACCCUUGGGGCUGUCACAUCGCAUCCUCGUGUGACCCUCCUCGCCUGCUGACCCUUCUCUCUCCCGAGGUGUUGCGAGAGCUCGACACCAGCUUCAGCGCCGCGGAUCCCGUAUAAUUCGUGGAGGAGAGCAAAGACAGAUUUUAUCUCUGUGUUCUAGCUGAGUUGUUAAGAGUAGGCUUCUAAAAAACAGACCUUUAAGACACAAAAGUUGCAAAAAUGAACGUGUGGGAGUGCAUUCUCCUUGCUGUGAUCGCUGGAAUCGGAUUGGAAACUACAGCACAAAGAACGAACUGCCCGUCAUUAUCACUAAAAAAUGGAAAAGUACGUAUUAGGCAAGGCAAGAUGGCAUACUUCCGGUGUAGGAAGAAGUUUACAAGGGUGGGAGCCAAGCUUGCUGUGUGUUUAUCAAGUGGAACAUGGAGCCAGCAGACACCAGUCUGUGUUGCUCGCGGCUGUCCCGAUCUUGGCUCACUGCCAGACGUCACGGUGACGGAGGAGUACGACGGCGGGGUGCUACACUUCGAGUGCGCGGCGGGCAUGCGCAGACAGGGUCCACAGUCGCUUAUGUGUGACGGCGUCAAGUGGAAUGGCGCGCCACCCAAGUGCCUCUAUGGCAUCAGCCUGGGUUGUGACUUUGAGGACAGCAGUCUUUGUGGAUGGAUCCAAGAUGCCAACGACGACUUUGACUGGACGUGGACAAGUGGGACCACGCCCACUACUGGAACGGGACCAGAGGGGGACCACACCACAGGCAAAGGUCAUUAUAUAUACAUGGAAUCGUCAGCACCACAGAAGCCUGGUUGGGUGACCCGUUUGAUCUCGCCGCCAUACGGUCCGACGGAAGAAAUGUGCUUGACUUUCUUCUACCACAUGCAAGGACCUGAUAAAGAAGGAGACGUGGGUGACCUUGAUGUUUAUGUAAGAACCGAGGAUGCAACUGAUGACCCUGUCGAUGUGAACGUCUUCCAUCAAGAGGGCAACCAGGGAAGUGAAUGGCUCAGAGGAAAUGUAGUAUUACCGAGACAACAGUCAGUCUUUUCUAUUGUGUUCGCUGCGACUAGACGUGAGAGUUGGACAAGUGAUAUUGCUUUAGAUGACAUUAGUGUCUUCAAAUGCUCCGAGCGCCAUCUCUAUGAGCAAUCACCCGCCACACAGAGGACAACGGCAAUGCUGGAGGGGUCAUCAUUCGAAACCAGCAGCACGAUAGACUACUUUGAAAGCACAACGAUGAUGAAUCCAUCGCAACCACAGUCCACAGUGCCACAGCGGAGGAUGAGUACUACCUCACAGCCACGGACAACGACUUCAGCGAAAGCUUCUAUUACAGACACUACUCCUGAUACUCCUGAUACUCCUGCAACUCCGACUUCAAGUGCUUCUACUACGACUACGACGACCACCACCUCCACGACCUCUCCUACCACCACCACCACUUCUCCUACCACCACCACGACUACCACGACCACCACAUCCCCCACGACCACCACAACCACAACCAGUACCACCCCUGCUGCCUCCUCUGCCGCCACAUUGUCCACACCUGCAACAACUUCUUUGAGUGAAACAGCUAUGACUACCAUUCCGACAACAAAAGAAAUGACAGAGAAAGGAAUUUUGUUUUCAACUUUCACCACAGCAGAAGAGGGAGAGGUCAGCACAUUGACUAAAGUCAGCCGCCAAAACGAGGGCUCGACGUCACAAACAGAAGUGACGUCAACUAUGACUACUUCGUUCGUGACAGACCGGUCGUCAGUGACGACCCUUUGUUUGGACAAUGUGACGCCAUCUUUGCCCACAGGGUCGGACGCUCUGAACACAGAUGAGUCAUCCGGUACAGGUGAUGCUCUAGACAAGACCACCAGGAACCAGAUCAACGACAAAGACGACGCCGACCACAGCAGCAGAAACAACAACAGUGUGGCAGUUAACGAAGACAGAAUCGACAAUUUCGAAGACUAUAUCUCUGACAACGGCAACGACGAGGGAAAAUCAGGAGCAGACAACGCACAGGCUACAGAAAGCGGAGCAUCUUCCACCAAUUACUUGCCCUUGAUCGUGGGCGUGACGCUGGGUCUGGCGGUCGGGAUGGCGGUGAUCAGUGUUCUGGCCUGGAUGUGGGCCAGGAACCGCCGGAAGCAGUACGAACGGCAGGUGGAGGAGGACCAGCAGAACAUUAUCGGCAGUAUAGAAGGCAACCCGUACCAACAAUGACUAGAAGACCGGCAACAGUUCAUCGAUGACCACAAACGAUGGGUGGGCGAAGAGGAGGCUUCGGGAACUUGGCAGGGGGACUGCGACUGGGAGGAAGAGAGUUUGAACCUCGAGCUGCGACAGCCUCCUUCAAGCGAACCUCCGAAGAAAACCAGUUUGUGAGGUCUGCAGGGAACAUCUGAACAAAGACAAACAACUCUCAGUAUCUCUGAAACUCCUGUGGUGAUUUUUCUCCGCAAUACACCCACGUAUUCUUUAUUUCAUCUUUUCCUCUAACACUUUUCAGCAUCGACAUCUUCCUUUAGUAUCUGUUCCCAUUUAUCCUUUUCUAUUUCUUUGUCUAUCACUUUCUUUGUCACUGUGACCCUGGCCCGCACUCAGAAGAUAGAAAACAUAACUUUACUAAAAUAAUAAUUUUUCUCAACAUCGAGUCUCUAAACGAAAUAUAUUCAAUAUACUGACGUAUGUAAACAUUUGUUUUGUAUUCUUACCACAAUGACUUAUUUUAGCUACGUUGAAAAAUGUGCAGCAUAAUCAAAAUUUAAUCUGUGAACUAUGCUUAUCUUCCCAAAGUUAUAAUAAAUUUACUGUUGCCGGUAAGAUUUCUUCAACAUUUGAAGAUCAGCGUGCCUGAAGCGAGUGCAAGGAUCAUCACAUGACCCUUGACAUACACUGUACAUAUCUAUUCAUUAUUGGUUAUAAUGUAUAAACAUUGUGCACUAGCGGAUCUUUAAGAUGACAUUCCGUGAAUGUUGAUUACGUCCCUUCUGUGGGUCCUUCUCCUCAUUGAUUCAUGAUGGUAUGUGGGUUUUCUUAAAAUCUGAAGCAUUUUGAAACUGUAUUUUGCACUGCAUCAUAAAGCACUGAUAGUGUUGCAGUUUUUUGCUGAGCUUUCUGCUUCUGGUUGUUUUCCUUGAAAAUGAAACUAAAUUUGCAGGAUCCAUGAGAGGAGAAGAAAGCAGAACAAAAUGGAGGUGGUUCUGUUUCAGUGCCUUUGAUCAAGUUUCUUGAUAAAAUCUUUGUUUUGGGUUUGUUUUUGGUUAAAGCAGAGGUCAGUUUUGAUGUAAAAAUGUAUGAUACUGAUAUCAGAACAUUCUAAACAGCUCUGGACUAUCCAAUAAGAACAUUCAGGAGCAUUUGUCUCAUGCUACAGCAGUUACUAUGAAAUUUUGCAAUGCAUGUUUCAAAUGUAUGUAUGAUCAUGUAGAAAAAUUAUUUGUAAAUAUUCUUCACCUGUUUUGCUCAAUAUGUUAUUAAAAACUACAAAACUGCAUAUUUUAAGAGGUGUAAGAUUUGAUUACAUAGCCUCCAGCCGUUCUUGAGAUGUAAGCCUUCAAUCAUGCCCAUACACGUCCUGUCAAACUUCAAAAUCGUGUCUUGUCUCACCUCUUCCUUUGGUUGUAGCCAUCAGAGACUUAAAAUAUUCACAUGUAUUUGUAAUUCCAUUUUAUGAAACCUCUUUCUGUGUUCAACACCAGUUGUAUCUCAAGAACGGAAUGCCUUUCCCCAUGAGAUAGAAGAAUGUAGUAUCUUUUACCAAACUCAGCUCUGUCAUUGUCACUUGCGUGUUAAAUUUGAAAAAUAAUUCUAUUACCUGUCCAGAUCAUUUGUAUACCUGUCCAUCUGCUAUAAUACUACAAAUAUGGAAUUUUGAUAGUGACAUUGCUCAUUUUAAUGUGCUAUUUGUGAGCAGGUAUUGAGGUGUGAAGUGCAAUGAUCUUUAUAAGCUACAUUCUCUUUUCAUUAAAGUUUAUUUUUGGACGUUUUA